UUUGUUUGUCUCGUCCUACUGGGCUUAGUGUAUUAGAUUCGAACCCUUUCACAUAUCCAAUAUUAUCACGACUGGUUUAAACCUGUACGCCGAGAAGCCUCAUGGCGAACCAUCAUCCUUCGCCGCAGAUGGCGAUGCAAAUGCAGCAUCAUGGCCCCCCAGUACCUCCCCCUCCACCUUCUGGGCCGGCUCAAAAUGGUCAAUGGACUCCGUCGCGACAUAUUGUCGCCGUAAACGAGGCACUUUGGAUGCAAAUUGGUAGUUUCUCUGAGCUUCUCGGCAACCUCGAUGAUGCCAUGAUGGCCUACGAGCACGCGCUUAAUGCGAACCCGAACUCGAUUCCAGCCAUGAACGCCAUCAGCCUGAUCCUUCGAACGCGCGAAGAUUUUCACAAGGCAGUAGAGUACUUACAAGCCAUCUUGAAAAUCGACUCUAACAACGGCGAAGUUUGGGGCAGUUUAGGCCAUUGCUACCUCAUGAUGGACGAUUUGCAGCAGGCAUAUGCUGCUUACCAGUCUGCUCUAGUCAACCUGCCAAAUCCCAAACAGGAACCCAAGCUAUGGUAUGGCAUAGGCAUUCUCUACGAUCGGUAUGGAUCUCUUGAUCAUGCUGAGGAAGCCUCUUCGCAAGUCAUGCAGAUGCAACCCGACUUUGAGAAGGCCAAUGAAAUCUACUUCCGAUUAGGUAUCAUAUAUAAGCAGCAAUCCAAGUAUGGUUCAAGUCUAGAGUGUUUCAAAUAUAUUGUAAACUCUCCACCUCCACCAUUGACUGAGGAAGAUAUCUGGUUCCAAAUUGGACAUGUUCAUGAACAGCAAAAAGACUAUGAUAGUGCCAAAGCAGCUUAUAUGCGAGUGCUCGAACGUGAUCCGAAUCACGCCAAGGUAUUGCAACAACUAGGCUGGCUUCAUCAUCAACAGAGCAGUAGCUUCCAAACUCAGGAGCGUGCGAUCGAGUACUUGGAGAAAUCUGUUGCAGCAGAUAAUAACGAUGCUCAAAGCUGGUAUCUUCUUGGCCGAUGUUACAUGUCACAACAGAAGUAUCCCAAGGCAUAUGAAGCAUAUCAACAAGCGGUGUACCGUGACGGGCGGAACCCUACAUUCUGGUGCUCGAUUGGUGUCCUCUAUUACCAGAUCAAUCAAUACCGCGACGCCCUGGAUGCGUAUUCCCGGGCGAUACGCUUGAACCCGUAUAUAUCUGAGGUUUGGUAUGACCUAGGCACUCUGUACGAAUCUUGUAACAAUCAGAUCAACGAUGCCCUGGACGCUUACCAAAGGGCCGCGGAAUUGGACCCUGGGAACCCGCAUAUCAAAGCCAGACUUCAGCUACUACGAGCAGGACAAACCACAGGGAGUAUUCCUCAGCCGGUGCCCACUGACGUGCACCCUCAAUCGUACGGGGCUCAGGGGCCCCAAGCACCACCGUGGACUGGCUCUGCACCUAUGCAGCAAGCUGGGCCUGGCGGCCCUCAUAGGCCUCCCCCGGGCCCUGCUGCAGCCAACGGUUGGGGCCAGAGAACUAGUGACAUCAACCCACCCCAACCACCCAAUCCUUAUGAUCAGCGAGAGGCCUUUCGUGGACCAGUACCGCCACUACCACGGCAGCCCAGUCCUCGACAAGAGAUGAGACCAUAUGGAGGAGAGUCAAAUCGUCCAGGUCCAGCACCACUUCGAAGGGGCCCUUCGCCUGGUCCGCCCACUCAAUACGUCCCUUCCGGACCGUCACAACAGCCUCCCCCACCCCCUCUACAAGGGCCAGCACGCGUUAAUAACCCAAACUAUACGCCGGCGCCUUCGUCAAAUAUGGCUGCGGCUAAUGGCCCACCCAACGGCGCCCCGCCACCACACUCUCUUAUGCCGUAUCGCAACGGGUCUCCUCGCUCAGAGCAAAGGCCGAUUCAUGAUAAUCGCAUGCCUUCGCCCAAGUCAGCUUAUCCACAGCAUCCUCCACCAUUUCCUCACCAUACGGAACCACUCGGUGGCCCACACCUAAAAGGACUAAUGGGCCCUGACAUGCACCGCGAUCAUGAUCGACCGUCGUCCGUUGCGUCCAAGAGAAUGCGAGAGUGGGAAGACGAACCUUCGAUCAAAAAGCCAGCCAACGACGAGAACCGAGCGCGUUUGGAUGAUUUGCGCCACCGACGGCCAUCCACUCCACCGCGCGAUCCUUAUCGUCAGUCCCCAGAUGCCCAUCGCUUUGAGGAACAACGACGCAUGGAGGAGCAGCAGCGCCGCGUCGAGGAUCAGAGGCGAGUUGAAGAGAUGCGCCGCGUCGAUGAGCAACGACACCCAAACGAUAGCUAUCACCCAUCAGAUGCCGCUCAUCACCCCCCAACGCAUUCGAUGCCAAACCACUUGCCCCCAAUGCAGCAGGGACCUCCACCUAUGCAAGGGUUGAUUCACGAUGGACCACAGCCGAGCCCGGCCCCAAAAGAAUACCCCCAAGAUGAGCGGCAGAGACUCGAGCACCCCUCUGCUCCUGCUCCGCCGCAAAUGAACGAACCCGAACGAGCUGCCAGGAAGAUGGAUGUCGACGAUGACUAUGAUGAUAGUGGAGAGGAGGAGAAGAAGGUGAAUGUUAACGGUGUUGUAUCUGGACCUGGCUCGUCAACUAGUGAUAUGAAGAACACGACGCCCACUAGUGCUAGCAUCAAUGGGAUGAUGGGGCCUACUCCAAAGGCAGAGGGGACCGCGUGAAGGGAAAGGUUUAUCAACGAUUGCUGAAUGUCAAACAUACCCCUUUCAUCAUUGUUCAGGAUUACUUCGAAGCUGUGUAU